CCACCGUCGUUGCAGUCAUUGAUUGUACUUGAAACGGUGAACAGCGAACCAUCGGCCGAAGACGAGUGUAUCGAAUAUCGCAGGAUACACCGAGUUGUAAUUCGCUGACAGAGUAAGGACUGGCGUGGCGGUUUCGAGCGAGAAGCACUUCGGAAAGUGAACGGAUCUGUGUGUUCUUAUUUUCGGCGCGAGUCUUAUCCGUUGCAAUGUUUAAAAUGAAAUCAAAAGCGAAGAAAAAGCCCGCUAUCCGACCGGCGGUGAAACCGUUCAUCAGUGGACACCUGUGGAAAGCUCCGACCAUUUUGAACAGGAUGCCGGAACCGGAGGGCGUCAAGCAUAUGCUUGAUUUGGACAAAAAGCUGCCACCAAAGAUCGCUGAGAUUGCUGCCAAACAGGGUGAAGAUCCGGAGCAGACGUGUUUGAAGAUUCAACAACUACGGGAUAUGAUUUACGAACUUGGAGGAUGUGAACCACAUAGGAUGGACGAUGAUUACUUGCUAAGGUUUCUCAGGGCACGCUUUUGGAAAGUGGAGAAUGCUUACAAACUGAUGUGCCGGUACUAUGAAUUCCGAGAGAGCAACACCGAUUUGUACGAAAACGUGAAUCCGUUAACGUUGCGUUCCCUCGGGGACGAUAACAUCAUCACGAUCUCGCCGUACCGAGACCAGGAAGGUCGACGGGUGCUCUUCUUCAAAUUCGGCAACUGGCGGCCAUCGAAAAUUCCCCUUUCGGACCUCUUCAAAGCUACGCUGGUAAUGCUGGAGGUAGGCGCCCUAGAGCCGAUUUCCCAGGUCGUUGGAGGAAUCGGUAUAAUGGAUCUCGAAGGGCUCUCGCUCAACCACGCCUGGCACAUGACUCCAGCGGUAGCGCAAAAGAUAAUCGCAUUGUUAGUGACCAGCAUGCCGGUGCGGACCACGGCGAUCCAUAUCGUGAAUCAAGGCUGGGUUUUCGACACAGUCUUCCAGAUGUUUAAACCGAUUUUGAGCGAUCGGAUGCGUGAGCGGUUGUACUUCCACGGAGCGGAUCGAGCUUCGCUGCACAAAUAUAUCGAUCCGGAGUUUCUUCCGGAACGGUACGGAGGUACCAAACCGGAGUAUCCCUAUACAUAUUGGAUGGAUCAUCUGUGCGGGAAUGAGAAGGUGGUUCACGAACUGGAACAACUUGGGUACGUGGCUGAUGCAGCCAGUGAGGAGUGACAAAUGCCAUUCAUAAAAAAACGCUGUAAGACGUGUCUGUGAUCGAUGAUAUUCUGACUGCUACGCAAAUUGCAAGAAAUAGAUAGUGUUCAUAACGGGGAUACCUGUUUUCUGAGGGGAAUUAAAUUAGUAAUGUAAUUGCCAAAUCUGUGCCCCCGAAAACUUUCGAAGCAGGGAAGAACGAGAACGCAAUCCAUAGGGAGAAGUCCACAAAUUACGUCACGUUGUGAUGAAGAAAAUGAAGGAUGAAUAAUUAUACACAAUUUUCAAAGGUUUCAAACAAGAUGAAGGGGGAGGGGGAUUCAAAUGGUCAAUUUUGGUUCGACGUAAUUUUUGGGCUAAGCGAUAUUUUUACAAAGUAUAUGUACCUUAUAAAAUCCAAUAAACAAUGCGGAUGAUAAACAGAA